AUGCAGCAUGAUCUCACAUCUUACGACUGCUCCUCGGUACUGGAUUCGAUUCGACGACAUCUGCUGGAGGAUGACUCAGAGAGUCUCUCUUCUUUCUCCAUCUCCAGCAGCAGUUCACCAGAUCUGGACGCCACCAGUAGAAGAGGAGGAGGCAACUUCAAAGGAGUGAGGAGGAGGCCUUGGGGGAAAUACGCUGCAGAGAUCAGAGACCCCAAGAAACAUGGAGCCAGGAUAUGGCUAGGCACUUACGAGACGGCCGAGGAAGCAGCUGCGGCCUACGACCGAGCCGCUUUCAAGUUGCGAGGGGCCAAGGCUAAGCUCAACUUCCCUCACCUCAUCGGCGUCGAUGCCCCACCUGAACCUUCACGGAUCACCAAGCGCCGCCUGAGUUCACCUGUGGCUAGAAGACGCAACACUGACAUUAUAAACCUGACGGCUAGAGUUCCUUGCCUUGCUUUCCAUUAUUUCUACAAUAUUGACUCUACCAGUACCACCUCGUUGUAG